AUGAAAUCAGUGAUCGAACGGUACAACAAAUCAAAAGAGGAACACCAACAAUUGGCAAACCCAACAUCUGAGGUCAAGUUGUGGCAAAAGGAGGCAGCAAUGUUGAGGCAACAACUGCAGAACUUGCAAGAGAAUCAUCGGCAAAUUAAGGGUGAAGAGCUUUCUGGUUUGAGUGUGAAAGAUUUACAGAACUUGGAAAACCAACUGGAAAUGAGUCUCCGGGGUGUGCGUAUGAAAAAGGGAAACCUCAUUCACCAAGAAAAUGUGGAACUGUAUAAGAAGGUGUAUGGAAGAAGGGAUGUCAAUGAAGCAAAUAGAAAUGCCCAGCUCACAAAUGGUCUAAGCAUUGGAGAGGAUCCCCAUGUACCUGUCCAUCUCCAGCUUUGCCAGCCUCAGCAACAAAACCAAGAAACGCAGGCACGAACUACAAAGUUGGGGUAAUUUCUCAUUUGUACAGUACAAUAUUUCAUCCAGAAGUACCAAAAACUUCACCAGUCUCUUGAUCCAAGUUUUUUUUGGGUGAUAAUGCAGCAGACUACAACUAUGGAAGCAUGUUAAUUGAUUCUCAGCAACAAAAGGUCCCAUGGCCAAAACUUAUGCUUCUAUCAGUGAGAAGUGUUAUGUUUACAAGAAAUUUCAGAACAAAGACUUAAAUAUGACAUAAUUAAUGCAAUCAACUUUGGCAUGUGAGAGAUAAUUAAAACAACCAGUCAU